AUGCGCCUCACCCUGCAGGCCGGCCCGCAGCUCACCUUCCAGGUCGACGUGGACCCCGAGCACACGGUGAGAGCCCUCAAAGAGAAAAUCGAGCUGCAGCAGGGCAGGCACGCCUUUCCAGCGGCGCAGCAACGGCUGCUGUAUGCCGGCCAAGUCCUCCAGGACGGCGCUGCUCUCAAAGACUACCACCUGGAUGAGCACACAGUGGUAGAGGUGCUGCUGGCCGAGCCCAGCGCAGCUGCCACUGCAGGGCCGGCCGUGCCCAGGGCCACGGCCACCAGCAUGGCCACGGGCACAGACACGGCCACGGGCACAGACACGGCCACCAGCACGGCCACGGCCACCAGCACGGCCACGGCCACCAGCAUGGCCACGGGCACAGACACGGCCACCAGCAUGGCCACGGCCACCAGCAUGGCCACGGGCACAGACACGGCCACGGCCACCAGCAUGGCCACAGCCACCAGCAUGGCCACGGCCACCAGCAUGGCCACGGGCACAGACACGGCCACGGGCACAGACACGGCCACCAGCACGGCCACGGGCACAGGCAGGGGCGAGCAGUCACAGCCUGCCCCCUCUGCUGCCCUGGCGUCCAGCCCGUGGGCAGCUGCAGCUCAGGCCCCAGCGCCUGGCCCUGCCUGGGCGGCCACCUCCAACAUGGCGUCUGCCCAGCCCGCCGCACUCGCUGCCCCUGCGCCUGAGCCACCUGCACCUCAGGAGGCACCCACGCCAGGUGCCGCCCUCCCAGCAGCCAGCGACGAGGCCACCGCAGGACCCUUGUCCGGCCCCACGUCCUGGGAGCACGGGGCAGGUGCCCUGGUGUCAGGCCCAGCCUACGAGCAGUCCAUCACGGACCUCGUGUCCAUGGGCUUUGAGCGACGGCAGGUCCUGGCAGCCCUGAGAGCCAGUUACCACAACCCUCACCGAGCUGUGGAGUACCUUCUCGAGGGAAUCCCUGCACACACAGAAGGGCGGGCCGCGCACCAGCCCCCUGCAGCCGCGGGCCGCAGAGCUGCUGGCUCACCAGCAGACGCUGCGUGGACAGCGGCGGCAGAGGCUUUGGCAUCUUCUACCAAACACCUGCUGGACUUUCUCAAGACUGGCUCUGGCCCUGCAGGCCUGGCUCAGGGCCAGCAGGGCUCCAGCGAGCUGACAGCCCAGGAGCUAGAAGCUAUCGACAGGCUGAAGGUCCUGGGCUUUCCUGAAGCACUGGUGAGGCGAGCGUAUCUAGCUUGUGACAAGGACGAGGAGCUGACGGCCAAUUUUCUCAUCGAGCACUACCUGCCGGAGGACUGA